GAAUCGGUUAUUGGUGGCCGAAAAUAACCAGAGCAACUUUCCGAAGGCGUGUACUUCCUCCAUCGAGAUGACUUCCUCUCAUGACUGCUUUCGCGUUGUAUUCUGGGUACCCUCCAUCGGUGUCCACUUUGACUUUGGUUUGGUGAAGGGGGUUUGCGAGUGUGACGGUCUGAGCUACUGCAAAUCUAGUCAGUCAGCAUGGGUGCGACCAUGACCAGUCCCGCAGCGACAGUUAAGGCUGAAGCAGUGAUGGUCCCCCAGUUUGGCGUUUCUCCACCCCAGGGCUGUCCAAUGCACCAAGAACCAAAACAAGCGGCUCCACCACCAGAAUGUCCCAUGCAUCAGGCGACCACUUCUAGUCCUACCCCUGCUGAAAUGACAACUCCCAAUCCUGGUCCGGCACAUCAGGAGAGAGCCUACGAGUUUGUUGAGUGCCCAAUGAAGGCAACAUCUGGACCCCGCCAAGGACUCGGUGACAUUGACCCUACCAACAUGAUGCCCCCACCAAACCAGAAACCAGCACCAGAUCAGCCUUUCCCUCUGAACGUUGUCAGGGAGGAGUCCAACAUCCCUCGAGCCGGGAGCGGCAAGAACUGGGUCUACCCCUCUGAGCAGAUGUUCUGGAAUGCCAUGCUGAGGAAAGGAUGGCGCUGGAAGGACGAUGAACUCGCUCCCCAGGACAUGAGCAACAUCAUUAAGAUCCACAAUCAAAACAAUGAGCAGGCAUGGCAGGAGAUUCUGAAGUGGGAAGCGCUGCAUGCAAAGGAAUGCCCUUGCGGACCCUCUCUGGUUCGCUUCGGAGGAAAAGCCAAAGAGUUCUCUCCGAGGGCACGCUUUCGCCACUGGAUGGGGUACGAGUUGCCUUUCGACAGACACGACUGGAUUGUCAACCGCUGCGGACAGGAAGUGCGAUACGUGAUCGACUAUUACGACGGGGGCGAGGUGGACAAGGAGACCUAUCAGUUCACCAUCCUGGACGUCCGCCCGGCCUUUGACACUCUCGGCGCCGUGUGGGACCGCAUGAGGGUGGCGUGGUGGCGCUGGACCUCCUAAGUGUAGAUCGAAGUAAGCUCUCUGCUGUCCAAUCUUGAGAUGUGAAAGCCGAUAUUGAACCCCCCCAACAGGACAUGAAUCUAAAGGGUCGGCGAUGGUCGUUUCCAGGCAAACACACUGGUGGCUUUAAUUCUCGAUCCUAGGAAAAUGCAACUGGACGCAAAGACAUUUUUCAACCUGCCUAUACCACUGGAAGGGGAUGAGAAAGUGCAGAUUUUAUUCUCAUCUUCUGUCCCUCUGUUAUGGAGUCAUGUCUGCACUGUGUGCUGUGUUAAAAUGGGAAGGUGUAGCAUUCAUUUCCACUUCAUUUAUGUAGGUUCAUUUCAUUGAACCUACAUAAAUUCAUUCAUUCAUUUAAAGCUGACGUGUCAUCAAAUAGCUAAAGAAAUAUGCUUUGCUUAGUCACAGACUUUUAUAGUAUUAAGCUUCUAAUGUUAUUGUCAUAAUAAGAGAAAUCUUCCCAAUGGCUGUUAUUUAUUGCUUGCUACAACAUGUAAUUUUUAAUGAAAAUGUUUGAACUGUAGCAGGUGUCAUUCAGUUCAGAAAUUAACAGUGAGUUUCAGGUGAAACAUCUAUCAGUUGGUUAAUGGUUUAUUCUGAAAUAAGUAGUGAAUAAAUGUGCAUUUUUGAAUGUUUUUGGGCCCAAUAAAUGUUACUAUAAUUGGAAAAGAGCAGUAAGGGGUCUUGCACACUGCACUUAUAAAGUGGCGGUAUGUGUAGCGCUGAUUGACUGUUUUUCGAGUCCAAUAAAAGUCUUUUCUUCUUUUGUAGAA